CGGCAGUUCACAGUUUCAAAAAUGACGCCCCUCAGUCCACCCCCCGUACCAUUGGACAUCCAAUAUGCCCACGCCUCGGACCUGGCUGCCCUCGUGCGCGUGGAGAUCCGCUCGUUCCCGGCGUCCAAUUACAUGCGCAGCACAUACAAGGGAUGCGAUCCGGGGGCCGUCCACACCUUCAAAACCGUCUCCGCCCUCGAGUACUUCGCCAACCCCGAGUGCCAUAUCCUGGCGGGCGUCCUGGGGAGGAGUGGUGACAUCAUCGCCUACGGCCGCUGGCAUAUCCCGGCGAUUUACGGGUGCGAGAGAGCCGUGAACACCGGUCUGAGCAGCGACGCGCAAGCGCAGAUGCGGGAUGCGUGGGCGUACGCCCCGGAGCUGGUGAACAGGGGUACCUACUCGUUCUAUGAGGAGAUGAUCACGCGGAGUAGGGGCGCUCAUCUCAGGGAGACUGAUUUUGGUUCGUUGAUCCCUUACAUUUUGGCUACUCUGUUGAAAAAAGGUUAAGGGAGUUGAUGUCAACUCAUUCUGCUACGCUGGGUGAGGAUUGGGCAAUAUUGACGACUAGAGAUACGGUUAGUCCUGGAGCUGCUGUGCGUCCUACCGGAGUACCAAAGGAUGGGAAUCGGGAGUGCGUUCCUCGAAUGGGGCAUCGAGAAAGCGGACGCCUGUAACGCCCGGAUCUAUCUGGAGGCGACGAUGGAAGGGGUGCCGACGUAUUUG